AUGGCGUUACCUGAAUCGGCGAAGACCUUUGGAGGUUGGUUGGAUCCUACCCUUCACUGGGACAAAGUAAAGGACGAGGCAGAUAUCCCUUUCUUCAUCUGCACACGAUGCAGAAAGCCCAGGUCCAAGAAAAGUAAAGGUCCACUUGCAGACGGAUAUUGUUUAUGGUGCACGGAAGAGGUGCACCGCGGAACAUACGCAGCCACACCACCCAAGUUGCAGUUUUGCUUGAACCCAUCUCACACUGCGGGGGACCGGGACAUGGAGGAGAGCAGAUACCCACGGAUGGAGGCGUACGGUCGGGUGACUUCAUGUGAGUCGUGCCUGGCAUUGGUGGAGCGUGGUAUCGUCGGUGUUAAAAUGGAGCCCGAUGUUAAAGAGGAGCCUGAUGUAGAAGAGGAACCUUAUAUAAAAAGGGAGCCCGAUGAAGAGGAGCCUUAUAUAAAAACGGAGCCUGAUGAAGAGGAGCCUUAUAUGAAAUUGGAGCCUGAUGAAGAGGAACCUUACAUAAAAACGGAGCCUGAUGAAGAGGAGCCGUAUAUAAAAACGGAGCCCGAUGAAGAAGAGGGGUCUGGUAUAAAGAGGGAGCCCGGUAUAAAAGAGGAGCCCGGCAUAGAAGGGGAGCCCGGUAUUAAAAGGGAGCCUGAAUAA